AUGAGGGGGCUGUGUAGAUCUGACCCUUCUCCAAAGCAGAGCUUGGCAGCCAAAUGGAGAGAAUACCAUGGUGCUAACGAUUGGAGAGGCAUGCUUGAUCCUCUUGAUGAAAACCUAAGAAGAGAAAUUGUUAAAUAUGGAGAGUUUGCUCAGGCAACUUAUGAUGCUUUUGUCUAUAAUCCGAAUUCCACCUCCUAUGCUAACUGUGUCACUAAUGAUCUCCAUUCAUUUUUUGAUACAGUGGGGCUUAAGAAAACUGGCUACAAGGUCACCAAAUAUCUUUAUGCAACCCCUACCGUCCAAAUGCCAGAUUGGCUUGAAGAAAUACUACCACAAUCAUUGAAACCCAGCAGGCAAUCAUCAAACUGGAUGGGAUUUGUUGCUGUUAGUGAUGAUAUGAAAGAAAUCAAAAGAUUGGGCCGAAGAGAUAUAGUCAUUGCAUGGAGAGGCACCAUGAUUCCUUCUGAAUGGCCUGAAAAUCUUAAGACAGAUCUGAAAUCGUUAAAUCUCAUGCCAUCACAAGCUGCUUCAAAUAGCUCUUCUGGUUUAUCCCGUGGAGGUCUUCAUUCAUAG